UGUUGUUUUUUCUUUAUAGACUAACUCGGCUACCCCCUGAAGCUGCUGGAGGGAAAGUAUACUUUGUUCUUCUUGCUUGUGAAAUCCUCUGCCAGUUGUCCAUGAGGCUUGUAUCACAGACCUCCUCGUAUCACAGGCUCUUCCUGCUGGACAUUCAACAGACUGCUGUGAAGGGAUCUAGGCAUUGAAUCCCACAUGCCGUUACCUUGCUGGAGCUGGAUAGAGUUUUGGUACUGUGCUUGAUUUUGGGCCUCUCAUGUUUGACACCCCUCUUUGGAGUGGGGACCCUGCAGCUCAUUUGCCUGGAUCCUGAAACUAGGGCUGUGUGUCUCCCAAGCCUUCCCAGCAGCACUUCUGCAUUCUCCAGAAUCCCACUGAAGCAUACCAUGGAGUCUGACAAAGGAUUGAAUGAACAUUUAAAAAUCCAGUUUAAGGCUCUUCAGGAGCAGCAACAGAAAAGGCUGCAAAAUCUGAUGGAGAAAAAGAAAGAAAAACAACCCAGUCAGAAAGGCAGCAGUAAUAGCCCAAAGGAGAUUUUUGGAGUCCAGGAUGAUUUGAAUCUGUUGAAGGUGGAUGGACAGCUAUCAGAUGAAGAGAUCAGCAAAAGGUUGCUUGAGGAUGGGAACGAGCAGCUUCGGGAUCAGCUUCGAGAGAUCGUAGAUGAAAAUGGCAGACUGCACAAACUGGUGAAGGAGAGAGAUUUUGAAAUCAGGCAGCUCCAAAAGAGACUAGAGGAGGAAAGAUUAGCCCUCAAAGGGAUGUCUGGUUUAGCAGGGGAUGUUGCAGCUACUAAAAUUGUUGAACUGUCCAAGAAGAAUCGUGAGCUAACUGCUGAGACAGAGAGUGAAAAAGCCAAAGUGAAACAGCUGAAUAACAAAGUCAAAGAGCUUGAAAAAGAACUACUAACAGCGAUGGGAAAAAUUCAGUCUCUUGGUGGCAAUGACUCAGGAAUCAAGCAGUCGACGCUGAAGAUAAUGGAAGGAAAUUUGCCUGAAAGUCCAGAGUUGAAAGCUUUGCAAGAAAAAUUAUCUGCAGCCAACUUUAAAGCAAUGGAGUAUCGCAAUCAGCUCCAAACCACAAAACAGGAACUAAAGAUGAUGCAAAAGCUUUUAGCAAGUGAAGUUGGUGAAGAUGUGAAUAUUCAAAAUCUCUUGACCAUUUCUGGGAGUUGGCGUGGACGGGCCCAGCAAAUCCUUGUUCUGCAAGGCAAGGUUCGAGAGCUGGAGAAUCAGUUGAGUCAGAGCAAGAGCAGAGCAUCGGUGAAUAAUGUUGAUGAGGAAAUGCUGGCCCUUACAGAUCCACGCAAGUUGUCCGCCCAAGAGAAAAACCUGUUACGGAUUCGCAGCUUGGAAAAAGAAAAGAAAGAAGCCUUGGAGAAACUCAGUGAGAAACACAAUACUCUCCAGAAAGAACAUGAGGAGGUGAAAAAAAAGCUGGAUGCAUCAAAAGCCAGGAACAAAGUGCUGUCCAAUGAAGUGAAAACUCUGAAAGGACAAAUCUUAACACUGCUGGAGAAAGGAAAGCAUGACGACGAGCUCGUAGAUGCCUUACUGAACCAGCAGAAGGAAAUGCACGAGAUCUUAAAGCACCUGAGCCUGCAGGACGAGAAGAAUAAGGAGUCCCAGCAGAAUCUAGGACAGCAUUUGAACAGUGAAACACAGAAACAGAAAAGUCUCAUAGGGCAGCUCCAACAGAUGGUGGCUGAACGAGAAGCUAAGAUUAAGGAGUUGGAGCAGGAGAUGGGACUGCUCACACAUCAGCAGCAUCAGAAGAAAGAGACCACUGAGGAAGGCAGUUCAGAUGUUGCAGACACACCAUCUUCAGAGCACUUAGAAGAGCAGAAUUUUACUCUAAUCAAAUCCCCAGCAUCGGAGGGUGAUCAUGUAGGAAGGAUUGGGUCUGCUCGCACUGUGACUAAUAUGGGGCACACUCUUGUAGAAUCUGCAGCUACUAGGCCUUCGCUUCCAAGUAACAGUGUCGCACCUGGGAGGAUUGCUGAUACCGAGAGCCCGGGUCAGAAAGCGUUGCAGACACAGAUCACAGAAUACAAGGCUCUUUGCCAUGCUGCUGAGGUGGAAAGAGACAGACUCACAGAACUAGUCACUGUUCUGCAGAAAAGGGUGGUCGAAAGCAGCAAUAAAGUUUUGGAAGCCGAGAAGAAGCUUCAGGAAGAGCGACGGCGAUCGGUCGUUUUGGAGCAGCAUCUUGAAAAACUGAAAAUGGAUGCAGGGAAGAAUGCAAACACCCAGAAACCCCUCCCAAGGAACAAAACAGGUCAGUCUGCUAAUAGCGCCAGACCUAUCCUGACUGUGAGUGAUAGGAAAGACCUCACCACAGCCCAGCUCUCAGAAGUGCCACUGAAAUCUCAGAUAGAGGAACUGACUACAAGGCUUGCGAUCCAGCUGGAUGAGAACGAAGCCUUGAAGAUGGCCCUGGAGAGCACCAUGGAAAAAAAAGAGGAAGACUUCAAACUGUACCAAGAGACAAUGAGCCAGGUGAAGGAGAUUUUCCUACAAGCUUUGAGGCAGCACAAGCAAGAGAAGAAUUAAAGCAGGACAUUCAGAAUACUUCUGGAGUACAGUAGGGGGACAGUCCAACAGUAGCUCCAGAGACUAGAAAUGCAAAGGGGCCCACUAUGUAGCUAUCUCCCAGAUUGUUUUGUUUUCUUAGCAUUUGCAGGAGAAGGUGAGAAACAGAGAAGAACAUUAUAUUGUAAAGGACUGAAUGCUUGUAUUUCAGCACAUUUCUGGCUGGGAGGAGUCAGCAAGCAGUGCGUUCUUGUAACCUUUUAAUACUGUCCAUGCGAUUGUUUGCACACUGCGGAGCUCCAAAGCUGCAGGCUUAAUAUGGGCAAAACUCCCCUGGGUUGCAGUGGGAGUUUGUUGAAUCAGGCCCUAUAUCUAAUCAAGCUGCUAUCUUUUUUUUGUAAGUAUAAGACACUUUUCACCAUACUAAGCUCAUCCUCAAGUUCUGCUUUAUGAAACCAUGGAGCUAAAGCGAAGUUUCCUUAAUUAAUUAAAGUGGCCAUAGGCACUGUCUAAGGUUUGUUUGUUUUUUAAAAGCACCCUUCUCUCUGGUACCCAUGCAUGAAACAGGUAAGCUCCAUUUGCCAGUGCUUGCAGUGAACUUGGGUUGGAAUUCUGCUCUGUGCCCAUCCUAGGCUCUGAGCGCUCAGUCUUGGCUGUGGCGGGAUUGCUUCAGUAAGUAGAUGAGGCUUGC